AUGUCUGCUCGCGAAGCUCAGCGUCUGAUGGAUAUCAUGGAGAAAGCUAUCGAAACCGCCCAGAACUCUAUGGAAGAAGAAGAUCGCCUUACUCACUACUUGGCUAUCGCCUCUGAGAAGACGACGACCGACAAGUCUCUCCGCCGUCAGCUCGAGUUCCUCCGUGUUGAACGCAAACUCAUCAAGUCUGUGGAAAAGGCGGCUGCCGACAUGGAAGCUGCGGCCGUCGCUCAAGACGUUCUCGAGCGCUACCUCGACGAGGCUGGCGAUGACCUUGUUAGUUUUUCACUCGAAAACUUCUGAAAAAGCGGGAAUCAUUAAGAAUACUUUACAGGUCGAAGAUCUCGAGGCUGAGGAAGCCGAUGAGGAGCCCAACAAUUCUGACGAUGACGUCGGCGCCCACUAAUCUUAUGGUAUAUUUGUACUAAAUUACACUCUUGGAACAGUCUGAUUUUCAGAUUAGUUCCUGAGUUCAUUUUUCCCCGCUCAAUUAUUAACGUGGUAUCAACUGUCUUUACUCUUGUCAAAUAAUUUUUUCGUUCCAAUCUUUUCCUUCUAUUCAAAAAAACAGCAAAACUAAAGAAAAACAUAUAUUUUUUUCUACUUUCCAUCUCCUUUCAUUAAGAAACUUUUUGGCUUUUUACCUGAAUUACUCAAAAAAACUUAUAACUAUGAGCGGGGUAAUCUGGGCUAUUCUAAACUCAAGAUAGCAAACUCGGGAUUCGCCUGACCAGCGCCAAAUAAAGGUAAGCGGGAAGUUGGACGACAGAAAAAAAUUUUGUUUUCAGGGUUUUCCGAGCACUUGCAACAUUGUAACUUCUCGAAAUAACCUCGUGUCUCGGACUGGAAAAGAAUAUCCUAUCAGCCGUCUUCACAGGCCGAAAGUCUUUAAUAGGUCAGUUGGAAUUCUGAAAUGUGCUCAAACAAUUUUUACAGAAGUAAGAACAUCUUUGAUGAAAGACGGGAGCAAAAUUAAUUUUUCAAACUGACUUCAACCUGCAAGAGGUGCGUUAUAGACAUUUAAAGUCAUGUAAUAAUGAAAAUAAUUCAGAAAAGAUCAUUUCCUGGAGCCAGGGACUCAAGAGUCAGCUUUCUUGGAGACGAUUACUUCUGAAGGUAGGCGAAAAGUUAGAAGAAACCUGAGUGGAAAAGGUUUUCAAAGCUGCAGAUGUCUUCAGCGUUUGAAUCUUCGCUUAGCUGAGUGAUUCAUCGGAAAAAAAAUGUCCUGAGAACGUUUUGCUCCACCUCAAAUCUGCAUGGUGAGAGAAAAAAUGAAACAUAAGCUGGAAUUUAAUAAUUUUCAGAAGUUUCUACAACUUUUCGACUGAAAACAUCAUCAAAUGUCGAAAAUUUGCUUGGCAGAAGCAAGAAGCCAAACGUUGCUGUGUAGCCGGAAAUCCACUCUGAAAAAGAAACUCUACGUACUUUUUGCAAAGGUAAGUGAAAACCAGGAAAUGAAAAGAACAGAUAAAUUUCAGCUAUCAGAAGUUGGUCUCCGAAUGAAAGUUAGUCUAAAGUUCUUAUUGGGCAGUCGAAUCAUAGAAAAAAAAGCCGUGAGUGGAAAAAGCCCGAUAGAGCUAAUUGACAUGAGUUUUUUUUCCUUCAAAAAUAUAUAAUGUUCAAUUAAUUCAUUUUUUCAGGCGUUUCAAAGUAUUUGAUCGGAACGCCGACUCGAAAAUCGACUCGAAGAUUGAAAAAAAAAUUGGCCGUCAACUUGAAAAUGAAAUAAUAUCAAAUUCCAGAAUGUCGAAGAUUACGGCGCAAUCGAUCAAAUUGAUCGAAGUCCGGUAAAAAGCCCGGAAUGCACCACAAAGUGCGCCGAAAGUUGGAACUUGCACAAAAGGUGAGCGAAAAAUAAAAAAAUACGUGAAAUGAAGAUUUUUUCCAGGACUCAAAGAAAACUCCACCCCUACGACAGAAAUAUAAUCUCUCAAUCAACCUAG